AUGAGUAUCUUCUUGCUGCUUCCGCCUCUGAGCCGUCCCCUCUCCCAUCAUCAGCUCGAGCUGCCCUCUGGGAUCCACAUUGGCUCGCUGCGAUGCAGGAAGAGUUCGACGCUCUCUAGCGGAACCGCACCUGGAAGCUCGUCCCUCGGCCGCCUCGUUCCAACAUUAUCACGGGGCUCGGGCGUGGACUUCACCGACACUUUUGCCCCGGUUGUCAAACCGGGCACGAUCCGCACCGUGCUUCAGUUAGCCGUCUCCCGAGCCUGGCCCGUGCAUCAGUUGGAUGUUUCCAAUGCCUUCUUGCACGACCACCUCGCUGAGAAGGUGUUUUGUGAGCAGCCCACCGACUUCAUUGACGGCGCGCAUCCAGACCACGUGUGCUUGCUCUCCCGUUCCAUUUACGGGUUGAAGCAGGCGCCCCGGGCCUGGUACCAGCGCAUCGAUGUGUUCCUGCAGACGCUUGGAUUCAUCUCCACUCGAUCUGAUGCGUCCCUCUUCGUGUAUCAUCACGGAGCUGCCACGGCCUACUUGUUGAUCUAUGUCGACGACAUCAUCUUGACGGCAUCCACUGCCGAGCAACUUCAGCGGCUCACUGCUCAUCUUCGCGAUGAGUUUGCCCUCAAGGAAUUGGGGCCCCUGCACUACUUCCUCGGCAUCGAGGUGGUUCGAUGGCCAGAUGGGUUCUUUCUGCAUCAGCAGCGGUAUGCCCAUGAGCUUCUUGAGCGUGCUGGCAUGCUUAACCGCAACCCCGCCACCACGCCCAUCGACACCAAGGCCAAGGUUUCAGCUCUGGAGAGCUCUCCCGCAUCCGAUGCGGCCUUCUAUCGCUCCAUCGUGGGUGCCCUGCAGUACCUGACCCUGACGCGCCCCGAUUUGCAGUAUGUUGUUCCGCAGGUAUGUCUUCACAUGCAUGCUCCGCGCGACUCUCACUGGACCCUGGUGAAGCGUAUCCUCCGUUACAUACGCGGCACCCCGUCCAUGGGACUCACGUUCACAGCCUCCGCCUCCACUGACCUAGUCGCCUACUCUGAUGCGGACUGGGCUGGUUGCCCGGACACACGGUGCUCCACCUCAGGGUACUGUGUCUACCUUGGGCCGUCACUGAUCUCGUGGUCGUCCCAGCGACAGCCCACGGUCUCCCGCUCGAGUGCCGAGGCAGAGUAUCGGGCAGUGGCUAACGCCGUUGCCAAAUGUUCUUGGCUUCGUCAGCUGCUCCAGGAGUUGCUUUGUGACGUUCACAAGGCCACACUCGUCUACUGCGACAACGUCUCCGCCGUGUACCUCUCCGCCAACCCAGUCCACCAUCGUUGA